UGGCUGAAACGAGAUGCAGUCUCCCAUUGGAACCCCUGUCAUUGGGUGUCACAAUCCAUGAAUAUCCUUUGGGCACUUCUGAAGGGAACUCAUCUAGGUAUAAUUUGCACCAACUCCUCCACCACUUUAACAUGGUAUUCUAGCUAAACUGUGUUAAGAGCUGACACAGAGAGUUAUUUGGAAUCAAGGUACCCUAAGAAAAGGAUCCUGUUCAUUUCUCAAGAUAGAGUGUUGGAUGUACCAUUGUUGGGUUGGCAUGUGAGUAAAAUUCAAGGACAGCUACAUGCAGCUCAUCAGCCUCUAAGAACAGGUACAAUGUGAGUGGAAAGAAAAAAAAGCAUUGGAGUCAUGAAUCCUCCCUUCAUUCACAAUUUCUUAGAGCUUAGACCUAAAGUAACAGCAAGAAAAUCUUGUUCAAGUCCAUUUUCUUAUAGGCAGUAUUGGUCUUCUAAGAAAAGUAUAAUUUUGAAUAAUCCUGAUAUAUAUUGUGGUGAAUCAGAUUUGAACCUUACAAACUCAUGUGAUGAUUCUGUUAGAGAUCUAAAAUCUCAUUUUAUAUCAACUGUAUGUUCACAUAAAUCAGUCAACUCAUUUCCAAACAAAGAAGAUUUGACACAUUCUGUAAAGCAAGAAUGCCUGAUGGAAAAUAAAAGUAAUCCUAACCAGGAAUGUAAAAAUGUAAAAGGGUGUGAACCAAGUUUUCAAGAUAGAAACUAUAAAAAUUUAUCCAAUGAAAACAUUCUUAGCAGAGUUUCAAGCGAAAAUCAACUCUGUCAACUACAAAAAGGUAAUUUAUUUCCUAGAUUGUUGAAGCAGACACAAGAAGAUGGUUCAUUAUUUGAAAAUGCAGACUUUGGUGCACAAGAUUUCUUGUCUGUUCAUAAGAACAAAAUCAUAAAAGCAAAAGAACAUGGUGAUAGCAAUUCAAGGUGUGAAUUAGGAUUAAAGCAAAAUGAAAAGGGAUUAUGUCAUACAAUAGAACCAUUUAGUGGUUAUGAGGAGAGCAUAGAAGAGAAUACCACUACUAAAAAGGAGGCUUUAGUAAAACCUUUUCGAAGCUUUGUUACUCAGGAAAUUAAAAAGGAGUUGUUAGUAAUGAAGAGUGAAAAUAAGAAUUUUUCAUUUCAAUCUAGGGAAAAUAAUGGUGUUCUUACCAAAUCUUUGAAAAGAAUGCCAUUCAUUCAUAGUAAGUCAAGAUCAUCGGAAGUUCCUGUUGUCAAGAUUAAGCCUAUGAUGCGAAUUCCUGUUGUGACACAAGAUGAUUUUACUUCUACUAAAGAAGGAAGUAUGAGUGAGACUGUUCCUGUUUUCACUUGUAGCUCAUUAAGUUCCUUGCAGGUAAAGUCAAAACAAGAAUUGUUACAUGAUUACAAAUGUUAUGAAAAUCCUAAUAUUCUUAUCACGCCAGUGACUGGAAAUGUAUCUAGAAAAUCCAAAAUAACUACAGCACGGUCUAGUGAAAGACUGAAAAAAAAGAGACUCAGCUCUCAACGAUUAUCAUUCUUAUACCAGAAGCACAGUGGGUACAGAGAAUUAUCACUACAAAAAACAAAAUAUUUACUAACAUCAGAUGCAAAGGAAAAUGUGGGAAUGCUCCAGAAGAAAAAACAAAAUCAUAGGAAUAAAAAUGUAGCUAGUCACUCUGGCUUUCAAUUUGUUAAAAAAUCAUUUCAUAAAAGGCAAGCUUCACACCCUUUAAAAUAUUUUAACAGCAAAACAAGAAAAAACUGCUUCAGAAGAAAAUCUACAAAUAAAAAACAUUCAGAUGAUAAUAGAAAAACUUAUUCUGUUAGUUCUCAACCAGGUCCAUCUUUUGACUCAGAAGAUAAGAAUGAUACAAUGACAGAAAUUCAAAGACAUUUGAAUGGAAAUAAGUCAGAAUGCUCAGUUUUUGCAGCAGAACAAUUGAGUUCGUGCAUAGCUAUACCAAAAGAAGAAAAUGAAGGAGAAUCAGCUGAUCCGUCACCCAGAGAUAAUUUAGAAAAAUUCUGUAGCUUAUCUGAAAAUAACAGUAAUGUGAAUCUUCAUGACAGUCUUCAAUCAAUUCCAGGUUCCCCAGAAGAGAAAGAUAUGCCAGAACUUCUUCCUAUCCCAUUUGAUGAUACUGUUGAAAAUGUUGCACCAUUAUCUCCUGAAAUGCCUUUAUUAAUUCCUUUUACAUCAGAACAUGAAGAACCUCCUGUUCUUUCUCUUGAAGAACCUAAAAUUAAUAUUUCUUCAGAAGAGAUAUCUAAAAAAUGUGAUUUAGACAUACUUAUGUAUAAUACUAAUUCAAGUAGAAAAUUAUGUGCUUCAUUUUUGAGCAGUACACCUUGCUCAAGUCUGUCUGUGACAAAAAAAAUGGGAAUCCAAGAAACUAACAGGUCAUUUUAUACCAAGAAUGAAUACUGCACUAAACCCAUACCUAAAAGAACUGCUAGAAAGUCAUUUCCUAGGAGAUAUGUGUGUGAAGAAUCAGUUGUGCAGAACACAAAUUUAAAAAAGCAUUCUCUGUUUCAGCCAGUUGUUCUUGUUGAAAGAAUUACACCAGAAGAACUUUCAGUGUGUCCAUCUUAUAGCUUUUCUAAUUCCAAUUUGCAAAACAUGUCAUGUCAUGAAAAACUACACACAAACCAUAUCCUGUUCUCAGAGAAGAUGAAAGAAACUGGUGUUAUAAAAGGAUGGAAAGAACCAGAGAUGGAUAUAAUUGAUGGAGUUGAAUUUUUAGGUUUCAAAAAUGAGGAAGACAUCACUAAAUAUACUCUUACAUUUUGUGACUGGCUUAAUGAUAAUGAGCUGUCAUUUAGGGUGGAAGAAGAUAGACAAUCAGUAAUAUCUAGUCACGCUAUCAACAAAGAUUUUAUUAUACCAACCAAGACCAAGGAUAUUACUAAGAUAAAGGGUUGGAAGAAAAAACUAUUUCAUCGAAAAGUAGAAGGUAUGUGUAAUUCCGUUGAAAGUAAUGAAAACAAAAACAGUGAAGAUAGUUUUUGUGAUAAGAAGAAAAUUUCAUCAACAUAUAAGCAAAAUGAUGUCUCACACAAUAGUACUUUGAAUAGUGUUGUCUUAAAAUAUAAAAAUGAUUAUAAAAUUUGGGCAGAUAUAGCAAAGUUUGCAUUGUCACCAUUGGUCAUAUUUUCUGAAAAACUAGCCUCAAAAUUCAGAAAUAGUGAAAAAGUGGUAAAUUCUCUUGAUUCUAUUGAAAACAGAAGUUCACACACGGUUUUUGUAAGUGAACUGCUAGAAGAGUUUCUUGACACCAAAGCUGAGUUAAAAGUUGGAUUGCUUGCACGUUAUUCUCCUCUUACUCUUUUACCUCCCACUGCAGCUGUUUUGUCAAUGGGCUCACUUAAAAAAGAUAAAUCUGUUAGAACAAAGCAAAGCUAUGCUGCAAAAUUAUUGAAGAAAUCUGAAAGUGAAUGUAAUAACAACAUUUUAGAGUCUUCAGAAGAAAAAGAAGAUGUCCAAGAUCAUGAAAAAGAAAAUGACAAUGUACUACCAUCAGAGUUAAAUUUUGAAUUUUAUGAAAGGACUCUUUUUGAUGGCUUAUAUAGGAACCCUGCAGAAAGAUUAAAUCUUAAUAGAAAGUAUUUAGGAAGUUUAGCAGAAAACACAUCAAAGAAAAAUAAAAGAAAUUUCAUUCCAGUCAACAAAACAAAACUAAAAAAACAUGAAACAGAAGGACAUAUAAAUGUAAGUGGGAUUGAGUCAUUGGGUGUAAAUGCUUCACAGAAGUCUAUUGUACCACUUAUUAGACAUACUCUUUGCACAGAUGGAAUAUUAAACGAGGUAGAAUUGAACAAAUUGGCUGAGAAUUUAUCAUCAGAUGUUCACAGUAGAUAUGGUCUUGAAAACAUAUCAUGCUUUUUUCCUAUUAUUUCGGAAGAAAGUGCAAAACAAGCUUUAUCAUCCUUGAAUUUUAGUGUCAUGUCAAACACUAGUAAAAGCAUGGAACCAAGUAAGAAAGUCAAUUUCAAGAAUAGUGAGGCUUUUAAUAGUAAAACACAAAAAAUGGAUUCCUUGAAAAAACGUUUUUCGCAAGACUUUCAGCAAAUUGGACAAAAAGGAUACAUGGAAGAUUUCAAAGUAUAAUACAGUGAAGAAAAACAAAUUAGGUUCAAAAAGAUUGUUUCCAAGUAGGAAGAAAAGCACUGUGAGGACCAUUC